CGUCCUCCAUUCCAAAACUCAGUUUCUAGGGUUCCAAAAAAAAUCCAUUCUCUAGUAGCAAGAUCGAAGAAAUCCCCCAAAAUAACCCAUCAAAGAUGCAAGUUAGUGGAGUUACUUCAGUGGUUUACAAUAAAAUCAGAGAAUUGAAUCUUUGGAAACUGAAAUCGUGUAAGUCAGGGCCAAGAAACCUUAGUACCAUGAAGCUUGCGCAAGGUAAAGGGAACAAUAAUGGAAAAGAAGCAAGACUUGUGGAGGAAAAUGAGGUAGAAGAAGUUGAAGAGGAUGAAAUAGAGGAAGAGACUAAUGUAGAAGAAAUGAGUGAAACUGUAAUAUACAAGCAAAAAGUGACAAUGAAUGGCUUUCUGAUGAUGGUUUUGAUAUGGGAGAUCACUAACUUUAUCAUGACAUGAGAUGAGAACAUAUUUUGCUGGGUAGUUAUCUACAUAUAAGUAGAUAAACUGAUAUAGGCUUAUAGUUAUCGGCAGAUAUAUUUUGCAUAUAUUUUGGUUAAGGCUUCAUAUUUUGCAUAUAUUUUGGCACAAGAAGCAUACUUUUUGGGAUUUGGGGGGAUAAUUAGACACUUUAACCAUAUUUUGUAUAGUGAAACACGGAUUCUGUAUCACUUUGAGUCUGUGACACUUGAACAUUGAUGAAUGAAAACGUAUAUUUAUGGAUGUUAUUUGUUC